UAGCUUAAUUGUAUUUGUAUUAUGUGCAUUUGGAAAUUUCUGUGGAGAUCUAUAAGUGUUGUAGCUCCGGACAGUUGUUUUGAGGGUAACUGGAAAGCCAGUGUUAUAUUCCGUAAUUAUUUGCUGUUUUCUAUUGAAUGAUAGGCAGUCGAGCCACAUCUCCUUGCUAACGGAGAUGUUAUAACGGUAUCUGUGCGUGCCUAUAUUAACAUUUUCAUUUAUUCACGCGUAGCAAAACGUCAGUUAUUUCCGUUAUUCCCUAACGCAGUUUUGGGCCAGGAUAAGUUGCGAUUUAUUUUUUCCAUCUAAACACUUCAUAUUUUUACACCCAAAGUCGUUUAAGAAGAAAUUAAGUUAAUGUGUAGGAGGUUACGCACUGUUAUUUCGGACGAUCUGUUUCUGCGCGCCUUUGAAAACUGGCUUCACUUUACCGUUGAUGCGCAAUUGUUACUUUGCAAAGUAUGCUAUUAGAUUUAACAGUACUUUGUUAAAACAAAACCCCUAGAUGACAGCGGGUGUUUGACUUAAAGGAGUAUGUGCAUUUAGAUGGAAGGCGGUUAUCCGAACAGCCAGAAUUCCAGGCUAUGCCGAUAUAUCAAUUCGUAAUAUUUUUAGUGCCGUGAGAGAAUAUGAAAGGCGUGGGAAUAACUGGCCAGUAGAAUUCUUGUUGGCAUCAUGGAACGGUCACAGAUGUCAUUUUUUCUGUCCUUUGGUUUUAAGCUUGCCAUUGUACUGGCAGUCUUGUUCUUAAAACUUCCACAUGCCGCUUCAGAGAACCCAGAACAGAUCCCGGAUCCGGAAAUGCAUCCAACUAUGAACAGCUCCUCCAGCUGCACUGGAACCUAUGAGUGCGCACCUGGCGUGCUGCUGCCGGUGUGGGAGCCCCAGAAUCCAUCUUUUGGGGACAAAGUGGCGAGGGCUACGGUCUAUUUUGUGGCCUUGGUUUACAUGUUCCUGGGAGUUUCAAUCAUCGCUGACCGCUUCAUGGCAUCCAUUGAGGUCAUCACAUCACAGGAGAAGGAGAUAACCAUCAAGAAGCCCAAUGGCGAGACGACAACAACCACCGUGCGGAUAUGGAAUGAGACUGUGUCCAAUCUCACUCUCAUGGCCCUCGGUUCCUCAGCCCCCGAAAUCCUCUUGUCUGUCAUUGAAGUGUGUGGACACAACUUCAACGCCGGAGACCUUGGCCCCAGCACUAUCGUAGGCAGUGCUGCUUUCAACAUGUUUGUCAUCAUUGGCCUCUGCGUCUAUGUCGUCCCCGAAGGAGAACACCGGAAGGUCAAGCAUCUCAGGGUCUUCUUCAUGACAGCCUCCUGGAGCAUCUUUGCCUACAUCUGGCUGUACUUGAUUUUGGCCGUCAUCUCUCCAGGCGUGGUUCAGGUCUGGGAGGGGUUGUUAACUCUGUUUUUCUUCCCCCUGUGUGUCAUGUUUGCGUGGAUUGCAGACCGCCGCCUUCUCUUCUACAAGUACGUGUACAAACGCUACAGGGCUGGGAAGCAACGUGGGAUGAUCAUAGAGACCGAAGGUGACCGGCCGCUUCCAUCAAAGGUCGAUAUCGAGAUGGACGGCAAGAUGCUGAACUCUCACGCCGUGGACUUUUUGGAUGGAACUCUGGGCCUGGACUUGGAUGACAAAGACCUGGAUGAGGAGGAAACCAGGAGAGAUAUGGCUAAAAUUCUCAAGGAGCUGAAGCAGAAGCACCCUGAUAAGGAAGUAGAGCAACUCAUUGAGCUGGCUAACUACCAGGUCCUGAGCCAACAGCAGAAAAGCAGAGCCUUCUAUCGCUGUCAGGCUACCAGGCUCAUGACCGGAGCGGGAAACAUUCUGAAGAAGCAUGCUGCUGACCAGGCUAGGAAGGCUGUCAGCAUGCACGAGGUGCGCACCGAAGUGGCGGACAAUGACCCAGUCUCCAAAAUCUUCUUCGAUCCAGGCUCGUACCAGUGCUUGGAGAACUGUGGUACCGUGGCUGUGAAUGUCCUGAGGCGUGGAGGUGACUUAGGCAAGACGAUUUCGGUGGACUUCAGGACUGAGGACGGCACCGCAAAUGCUGGAUCCGAUUACGAGUUCACAGAGGGCGUCGUGGUCUUCAAGCCUGGAGAGACACAGAAGGAGAUCCGGGUGGGCAUCAUUGAUGACGACAUUUUUGAGGAGGACGAAAACUUCUUGAUCCACCUGAGCAAUGUGAAGGUGGUGUUGGAGGGCAACGAGGAAGAGAACCAGGAAGCCAAUCACGUGGAGACCGUGGCCUGCUUGGGGAUGCCGUCCACUGCCACUGUGACCAUCUUUGAUGACGACCACGCCGGCAUCUUCACCUUUGAAGAUCCAGUGACACAUGUGAGCGAAAGCGUUGGCAUUAUGGAAGUGAAGGUCCUUCGCACCUCAGGGGCGAGGGGCGUGGUUGUUGUCCCAUACAAGACCGUCGAAGGUACAGCAAAAGGGGGAGGGGAGGACUUUGAAGAUUGCCAUGGAGUUCUGGAGUUCCAGAACGAUGAAAUAUUCAAAACUAUAAAGGUCAAAAUUAUUGAUGACGAGGAGUAUGAGAAAAACAAGGCCUUCUUCAUUGAAAUCAGCGAGCCCCGGCUGUUGGAGAUGAGUGAGCAGAAAGAGGAGGAAGGGGAGCCGAUCGGUGAGGAGGAGCCCCUCACCGGGAAGGACGAGGAGGAACGCCGCAUCGCCGAGAUGGGCCGGCCCAUGCUGGGUGACCACCCUAAACUGGAAGUGAUCAUCGAGGAGUCCUAUGAGUUUAAGAAUACUGUGGAUAAGCUGAUCAAGAAGACGAACCUGGCCUUGCUAGUGGGAACAAACAGCUGGAGGGACCAGUUCAUCGAGGCCAUCACUGUCAGUGCUGGGGAGGACGACGACGACGAAGACUGCGGCGAAGAAAAGCUGCCCUCCUGCUUUGACUACGUCAUGCACUUCCUGACAGUGUUCUGGAAGGUUCUGUUUGCCUUCGUGCCACCCACAGAGUACUGGAAUGGCUGGGCGUGCUUUGUGGUCUCCAUCAUCAUGAUCGGCGUGCUGACGGCCGUCAUCGGCGACCUGGCCUCCCACUUUGGCUGCACCAUUGGCCUGAAGGACUCGGUCACCGCUGUGGUGUUUGUGGCCCUCGGCACCUCCGUACCUGAUACUUUCGCCAGUAAAGUGGCCGCCAUCCAAGACCAAUACGCUGACGCCUCCAUCGGCAACGUCACCGGCAGCAACGCAGUCAACGUGUUCCUGGGUAUCGGCGUGGCCUGGUCCAUCGCCGCCAUCUACCACGGCAGCCACGGCCGGAGCUUCAUGGUGGACCCGGGCAGCCUGGCCUUCUCCGUCACCCUCUUCACCAUCUUCGCGUUCAUCUGCGUCGGUGUGCUCAUGUACCGCCGGCGGCCCGAGAUCGGCGGCGAGCUGGGCGGCCCGCGGACUCCCAAAGUGCUCACCACCCUCCUCUUUGUCAGUCUCUGGCUCCUGUACAUUCUCUUCUCAUCCCUGGAGGCUUACUGCCACGUCAAGGGCUUCUAAACAGACCCCCGCGGGGGCGAGAAAUUCAAUCAAAUCAAAGAAAUCGACAAGAAAGCAACAGCAAAAAAAAAAAAAGUUUUCACAAAUUUUUUGAUCUUCUCCAAGCUCCGCCCCCCACCCCCAGCCCGCCCCUCAACUUCUGUCCCAGCAAAGGGAUGAACUAUCCGUUUAGGACAAUAAAGGGAGCAGCCCAGAAACGCCUUUUCAAAGAGAUGCCCCUGAUAACAAUUCAAAGAGGGGAAAGUAUCCUUUAAAUGCGAAGGGGAACAGCCAUUAUGUAACACAAGAAGAAUGGUCUCAUAAUGUUGCUUGAAAGGUGUCAAUACUGGUUCAUGUAUAACCACACGUUUAGAUAAAUGAUUAAUGUAUAGCAUGUCUUUUUCAUAGCAGUUCCAUGGAAACAUUAACAUAUUUACACAUUUUUCAAAACAUAUGAGGGGGUAAAGAAAAAAAAUAAUAAUUUAAUGCCCAAGUUUAAAAAUAAUUUUAAAAUGCAUGGAUAUGAAACAAACUGCAGUUGUGCUGAACAGCACUGGCAAUGUCCUGAUUAGCAUCAAACCCCCCCCCCAAGGAUAACAUUUGCUGCUAAUAGCCCUUAAACCAGCAGUUGGAGAUUCACUAUAAAGGUCAUUUGUGUCUCUGGGACCCUCUACACUUUGCUGGUUAUAGACUUGAAGCUUUAUUUAUUUAUUUAUUAAGUAACACAAAAAAAAACAUUAAUUUUAAUUAUGUGGUUACUCCGGUGAUCUUUGAGCGAAAUACCGUGAAAUAUCUGCAGCCGUCA